UAGACUAGAAGGUGUGAGAUACUAAGGAACAGUUUAGUAGACUAGAAGGUGUGAGAUACUAAGGAACAGUUUAGUAGACUAGGUGAUGUGAGUGCCAUGCUGUUACAGGUCAAAAAACAGAAAAUCUGCAGAGUGAGAAGCCAUGAGAAAAACUAUCUCUCUUCCACUUGUGUAACAACACUACAAACAGGUUCAACUUUAUUAGCACUCUGAUAUUACAAAUGUAUUGUUAUGUACGAUUUUAAUACAACGUUCUAGAGUAAUGACAAUGUUGCUUCAUAUGCUUAAUAACAAAGUUAUGUAGUCGUACACAUUGAUCUACAACGUAUUUAUUCCCGAUGGAGUAGAAUAUUAUUGAAACCUGUGAGCAGAAUGGGUUGUAAUAAUGUAUACCAAAACAUUAACUUUGUACCCCGUCGUUUGAGAGUUGGGGAACUCAGAAUGUGAAAGAUAAUGAAAAGAAAAUAAGCACUACAGCUUUAAAUGAGAAGCGUUUGUAACAGUCGCUGUAGCUGUGCCAAGACCGAGAUCUGCCUGCCAUCGAAUCCGCAACGACUUGCAGGUUUCAGUAUCGCCUCGGUGGUGUUGACUACACCACUGCGGAAACUAUUAAUUCAUCCUACUUAAUCGGACAGCACGGACAUAAGAUACAUUUUAGUCACCGGGCACGAAUAACCUCAAGUCUAUUAUUAUUGUUGUUGUUCCGACCUAAUCGUAUUGCUCGUGAUAGUUAAAUGUUCCAACUUUACGCAUGGAGAAUAGCCUAGCGAAUAUCAGGUGAGGCGCGUGUAGAGGACUAGCCUACACCUGAACGGAUGGAAUUGUAUUUCCUGAAUACUAAUGCUGUUAUUCUCCAUCCAUCCACAGCAAGACACUUGUUGAUUUGAAUAGACUUCAUCACAGCAGACUGCUGCUUGGGAAUACGAUUUAGCUUUUGUGGGAGACCUGCCGCUACAGAUUUAUCGGAGCCCUUCCGGAGGGUGUGAUUAGUUUUACCCGGGCUGUGUGGUACAGAGGCGGCUACAGAUGGCGAUGAUCCUCAGCUUUUAACAGGUGGACCGCCUGACAGAAAGCAGCAUCAUUCCCGCAUCCCUAUCUGCUACCAGGGAGGAGGCAUGGGCAACCAGGUGGAUAAAAUUAAACAGUCACAACAAAGUUACGCAGAAGUUCCCACAGUGGACCCCAACGGGCUGGACACUGAGGAGGGUCCUCGGAUCGGAGUGUCAUAUAUUUUCUCAACAGAUGACGAGGAACAGGAGGGUGAAAACCGUAACGUAGAUGGAGCGGAUAAGGAGCACCACACUGGUACGGAACAUAAACACUGCGACAAGAGCAACGAGGUGGAUUGCGCCGUUUACCACCGGGGGGAAUGUAUUUACGAGAAGAGCGUCAAGACCGCGGGCAUGGAAACCUACUCCCCCGAGAUCCUACUAAACAAAUGCAGGGCAGGUGACCUGGUGGAGUUUGUAACCACGGGACAGUACCCCCACUGGGCGGUGUAUGUCGGUGACUUCCAGGUGGUGCACCUGCACAGAGCAGAGAUAAAGAACAGCUUCCUGACAGACGCCAGCCAGGGAAGGAGAUGUAGGAUAGUCAACGAGCUGUAUAAAUUCAAAGCCCUCAGCGCCGAGAUGGUGGUUCAGAACGCUAUGGAACAGGUAGGAGCUAAAGACAGAGAGUUGAGCUGGAGAAAUUCAGAGUGCUUUGCCGCUUGGUGCAGGUUUGGCAAACGGGAGUUCAAAAUGGGCGGGGAGAUCCGGAUAGGAAAACAGCCAUACAGGUUAAAGAUCCUGAUGUCAGAUAAACAGUCUCACAUGCUGGAGUUCCAGUGUUUAGAGGACUUGAUCAUGGAGAAGAGGAGACACGACCAGGUGGGAAGGACAUCAGUGGUCCAGGAGCUGGCCAAUCAUUUGAACAGUGUCGGGGAGAUCAAAAGGAAUCCACUCAGUGAUCCAAUAACAGCACAGACCGCACAGUGAUCUAAUGGAUUUAUAGACCUGCUAUAAAGAUCACGAUGGUUCUUGCCUAUCCAAUCACAGACCCCUAUCUAAGUGGAUUUACAAACACACAUUUCAUUCUACAUUUUGAUGAAUAGAAUCUAAAUGGCUUGUUCAUGUCUAGUUGUAAUUUGAUUGAUGGAAAAACAAUAGUUUUAAAGGUUAUUGAUUUGUUCUCUGCCUAUUGAUGUUUCAUAAUGAUUGAUAUGAUAAUAUAUUGUACAUGUUUUCGUGUCUCACCCAGGUAACCAUCAUACCUAUAUCCCUAAGGUUAUCUCAUUCUGAUGAAAACAUGUUGCAGAGCAUGGGUUGAUCAAACAUCGCUUAUUGUACCGUACCAAUAAUUUAAGUCAAGUAAAUUAUCAUUACAUCUUUGCAAUCAAACUGUCUUUUAUUCCCUGCUUUAUUCCCCCAUUGUUGUUCCUCAGGCACCAUAUCCCUACAUAGUAGAUGACUUUGAACAGGGCCCAUAGGGUUGGGUUAUAGGGAACAGAGUGGAAGGGACAGGGUACCAACCCCUAUCUAUGCCUUCAUAGUCUUUUCAUUAUUUAUAAACACUUAUUUUCCACCUGCUUUACAGUCAGCCUCAUACCAGAGUACUAGCCUGUUUCCACCUGCUUUACAGUCAGCCUCAUACCAGAGUACUAGCCUGU